AUGGAUCCCAAUAGCAAUAGUGUCGGUAACAAUAACGCCAAUGGUAAUCCGAUGAACAACCGACUACACUUGAAUUUCGGAAACGACAGAUUCGCCCCAAACGAUCGUGCAUACCCAACAACCCCAUCAACAUUUCCAAAUCCAAUAUUUCCAGGUGGAGGACAAGGUCAAGCUCAGCAACCACAACAACAACAGCAACAGCAAGCUCAACAAGGCGCACAGCAACCCUAUAACCAAGGAUUCGCACCUCCCGCAGGAUACUUCAUGAAUAACCAAUACCCCCCGUCAGGCUACCCGCAACAACAGGUUCCUGCUGGGUAUCAACAACAGCAACAACAACAGCAACCCUACCAACAAAGAUCCGUCAAUUUACAAAAUGACGCCACGAAUGGUUUGGCCCAUCAGUUCUCCCACCAAAAUCUAGGUGGUGGCAGGGGCUCACCAUAUGGUAAUCGUCAAGCAUCGCCGGGUCAAAGACCAAGAACUGCUGGAGCACCAACCCAACAGCAAGGUUACUCGAGCUACUUAAAUCCUAUGCCCACUCAAGCUUCGCAGCAAAUUCGUCCAGAAUUUCAGCCAGCUCCAGAGAGGAACCCGGACCGAUAUGGCAAUUUGACACAAAACAACCAAAAAAAGUGCUCGCAAUUGGCUGCAGACUUCUUCAAAGACAGUGUCAAGAGGGCCAGAGAUCGAAACGUUAGACAAAGCGAGAUGGAACAACGACUGGCUGACCCCAAUCAAUCCCAAUCACGCCGAGAACAAACUUGGUCAAAUGCAGGCAAGCAAGAGGGCAAAUAUUUACGAUUUUUACGCACCAGGGACCGACCAGACAAUUACAACACGUUGAAGAUCAUUGGAAAAGGAGCCUUUGGAGAAGUCAAAUUAGUGCAAAAGAAGCAAGAUGGCAAAGUUUAUGCUAUGAAAUCUUUAAUUAAGACUGAGAUGUUCAAGAAGGAUCAGUUAGCACACGUUCGUGCUGAAAGAGAUAUCUUGGCCGAGUCCGACAGUCCUUGGGUUGUUAAGCUCUUCACGACCUUUCAAGAUCAGGAUUUCCUUUACAUGUUGAUGGAAUUCUUGCCAGGAGGAGAUUUGAUGACUAUGCUUAUCAAAUAUGAGAUCUUUUCGGAAGAUAUCACAAGAUUUUACAUUGCGGAAAUUGUACUCGCCAUCGAAGCUGUACAUAAGCUUGGCUUUAUUCAUCGUGAUAUCAAACCCGACAACAUCUUGCUUGAUCGAGGUGGACAUGUUAAAUUAACUGAUUUUGGUUUAUCCACCGGUUUCCAUAAACUCCACGACAAUUCAUACUACCAGCAAUUGUUGCAAGGAAAAUCGAAUAAGCCAAGAAACAACAGACAAUCAGUCAAUCUUGACGAGAUCAAUCUCACAGUCAGUAACCGAAGCGUCAUCAAUGACUGGAGGAAGUCCCGAAGAGUUAUGGCUUACUCAACUGUUGGUACACCUGAUUAUAUCGCUCCAGAAAUUUUCAGUGGACAUGGUUAUUCUUAUGAUUGCGAUUGGUGGAGUCUUGGUACGAUCAUGUUCGAAUGUCAAGUCGGAUGGCCUCCUUUCUGUGCCGAAGAUGCACAUGAUACGUAUCGAAAGAUUGUCGCCUGGCGUACAAAUUUGUACUUUCCCGAGGAUGUUCAACUUGGACCGGAAGCCGAGAACCUCAUCCGAAGUCUUGUUUGUAACUCAGAAAAUCGACUUGGCCGAGUGUCAGCGGAUGAAAUCAAGAACCCACAAAAUUUUUCCCGGGGUGUCAUAUUUGAUACCUUUUACUCCCGCAUCCCGUGCUCCCAUUCCAAGCCCUAA